GGUCCACCCGUGCUGCUGUUGUCACUCUCCUCGCCUCACUCUCCUCGCCUCUGUUCCCCUUCCCAUCGGCUGUUUUCUUCCCAUUGGUUUGUUCCCCUUCACAUUUGAUUUUCAAUCCAAGCGCGGAACGACUUGGUGGGCUUCUGGCCAGAGAGAUGGCAGGGGAGGCCGGCGGAGUGAGUGUUCAACUCCUUUUCUUGUCCUUUUUAGAUUCGUUUUUUGCAUUCUAGGGUUUGUUCCUCUUUUUUUUUUUGAGGUAGUUCAUCAUUAACCUGGGGGCGGGGUGGUGUUUUAUGUGAGCGACCUACGUUAAGAUGAAUGUUUUUGAGUGUGGAAUGCACAUGUUUUUUUAGAGUGAAAUAAAAUGUUUUUUGAUUGUGCCCCUAGGUACAGAUCCUGCCCUGUAUGUAGUUGUGCAUCUACGUAUAGCUGCUGAAUAGUAGUCAGAUUAGAUUCAGAGCCUGCUGUUAUUUUUGAAUAGUAUCUAUAUGCUCAUCUUUUUUAGAUCCCCUGUUUGUGGAACUGUAUGUAGCAGAUAGCACACAGAUUGCAGCCUCUUCUGCUUAUCUAUGAUACAGAUUGUCCCUAGCUAAUAAUGACAUGACUUUGUUUUUGUGAUGAAAAUCUCUUAUGUGUGCAUCAAGUCUUCCAUUUUCUUUUGUGUUAAUUGCCUGCUCUGGUUCUGCUUCAUUUUCAGUAGCUGCCUUCCACUCUGUUUGUUGGUUGCUGGUAUUGCUUGUUCUGAAUGCGCAUCAUUUCCAUGUGUUUCUGAACGAGCUCCUGAUGUGUCCACUUUGUUAGUUGAUUUGCUUAUACAUUCCUUGACUUCUAUAUUAUUAAGGUGUCUCUCAAAACAGGGCUGUAUCUGUUUUAUGAGUUGUGCUCGAAUUUAGGAGCGCAUAUAUGAUUAUGGCUUCUCUUAAGUUUAUUCAUCAAAGUCUCUUUACUUUAUAUGUUCGCUGUGUAGAAUCGAUAACUUUUGACUAGUUGCAGCUUUUCUUGUGAUCUGCCUGAACCUAUGAUACAGAUGGUUCCCUAGCUAAUAAUAUGACGAUCAAAUUCCCUAAGCAUUCAUGCAUCCCAUAUCACCAUGGCUGUUGUUUGAGUAGAUCUAUUUUCAUUUUCCGAACCAAAUCACAGCUCCCACCUUGUUGGUUGAUCCCUGAUAAACUUCUUGGCUAGAGGUGCCUUCCGCGUUGGACCCUUGGUAUAGUUUCUGGACGAGCAUGGUGCUUGUUGACUGUCCACUUUUGUUAGUUGAGUGAUGACAACUUUUUUUACUAGACUUCCCUGAAUGGUUUACAUGCUGAAGUCUGGAGCAUCUGCAUUCUGACUUGAGUUUUGCUGAUGGCUUUGUCCGAGUCUGAACAACAGUUUCUCUGACUUUGAUAUAUUUGCUGUUCAUAAUUGAUGCUAGAAGGAUUGGUAGGACUUUAGAAGCAGCAACUCUUUACAGUUUUUAGUUUUGCAAGAAUGUUUUGUGAAAUCAAAGUUCGGCACUUUUUUAGUUGAUUCUUCUGACUUGAUACAUUCCUUGACUCAGUAAAAUAGUCUCUGCAACGGGGGUGCCUGAUGAACUUUAGAGCAUAUGUAUUGUUAAUUUUGCUCCUGAACUUUCGGAGCGACCGGAUGUAUGAUUAAUGUUUCGCGUAGCAUAGCUUGAAUGAACAACAGCUCCUCUUACCUGAUAUUAUCGCUGUUCAGAAUUGAUGCUUUCAGAGGUAGUAACUCACUACAGUUCCGUUAUGCAAGACUGUUUUGAGAGAUGGAAGGACAGCACCAUACCAAUAUUUUAGAAGGCCUUUCCUCUUAAUGACAGUGUAUUUAGAGUUGGAAGAUCACAGUAAUUCUGCUCCUCCAGGAGAGUAAACUUUGUAAUUAACAAUGUAUAGGAAUAUCCCAGUUAACAAAUUUCUUCCCAUCGGGUAGCUGGCCUCACCUCACCUUUAGUCGCAUAGUUGUUGCCGACGGAAGCCUUUUUGGAUAAUGGAUUCUAACAGUCCUUGUGUCCCCAAUAGAAUGUAGCCUAUUUUUGUUCUUUUGGUUAUUUGUAGUUGCAGGCACUGUUGUUAUCCCGAUGCUACUUUUUUGUUUGUGCAUAUGGUUGUUCUACUCAGCUAUCAUGCCUUUGAAAACACUAGCGAUGACUUUUUUUAUUUUUCAAUUUUCUAGGGGAAUUUGUGCUUUGGGUUUAUUGGUAAACAGCGUCAGAUCAAGUCUCUCAUUAUUUAGGUUUGUUUCUCCAUUUAUCCAUGAAUUUUUUUGAGCACCCGAUUGCUAAGCCACUUUUCAAGUUAUUGUUGUAGUGGAGGGGCCCAUAUUUUAGCUUGUGGUCUGCUCACUUCCAUUUAAUUUUCCCCCUAAAAUAAUAAAAAGCUUUGGUUUGCUCUCAGCUAAACAUAAGUUCAUAUUACUUUUGUGUUUGACUCAUAUUGUUGGAGUUGCAUGUUUCUUUGAAAGCUUUUAGUUCGGUGAUGCCCAGAGCAAGAGGGGAAUGUAUGUUUUUUUCUCAUGAACAAGCCUUUUGCAUUAAUAAGUGGAGAUAGCAAUGUAAAUUGUAGAGCUUUUCCAAAUUUGUUUGACUAAAAGAAAACUGUUUUCUUUUUUGUUCUCAGGUUUUGUCUUGUGAGCUAUGUGGGAACGUUUGCCAUGGCGGUGCUGACAACAACUUCAAGAUCGACAUUCGUGAUGAGUUCCUGUCUAAAGCGACUGUCCCAUGCAAUGCAAGAGUCUACGUCAAUGGUGUUACCGGGGACUACAUGCGUUUUGAAGCCCAUGGACGCAAGUACUCUGUCGACAUUGUGAAGGGGGCACACAGGACCAGGAUCAAGGGGAGUGGCUGGAAGAAAUUCACUUCUGACUUUUCUCUUCAGAAGGGUGUUGUGGUCAUUUUUGACUUGGACAGGCGUCCCCGCCAGGCAUAUGUUGUCGCUCAAAGUGUUGACUUGCACACAGUUGAAGGAAGCAUUUUUCAGACGGGGAUGCUGAUGAAAGAGAUGAUAGAUGGAGACAUCUCAGAUGUGGACGAAUACGGUGGCAGCAUAAAGAUUGAGUAUACAAGGGGUCUAACUCUGAAUGAUGCACAGCAGGACAUUCUCAAUGAACUGGUGCUCAGCUUCAAGUCCAAGUUUUUAGGAGUGUCUUUUGUACACUGUCUUACUACAACCGACACUCAAGUUGGACAAAUGAAAGUGCCAGAGAGGGUUGCUACAAGCUUGAACAUCCCUAAAGAAGGGUUCGCUGGUGUUCGUCUAAGCAGUGGGGAGGCAAAGACUCGUGUUGAAUACAGCACGUCUACUGAUGGAUGUAUAGCUUUCAACAAAAAGCAGUGGAGGCGUUUCCUUUCAAAGACUACCCUGGAAAUCAAUGACUGCAUCUUCAUGUUCUUCAAGGCCAGCAGCAAGUCUUGCAUGAAUGUUACUGUUGUCGUCAGCAAGCUUUAAGUUUCACUUUCUUUUUCGAGAAGCUAUGUUCCUAGUUAUGUAGUAUGCUGAUGCAAAACAUCGCUGCGGUCUUUUGUUUAUGCGGUUGACAAGAACCAAGUAACCCCCCCCCCCCCCGGCUCGUCGUUUGCGAUGUUUAUUAUCUAUGUGUGUUUCAAAACUAUGUGGAAUAUGUGUUUCUCGUAAUGAUAAGUGAUGUUAUAUAUUUUUCAUCA